AUGAUUGAAGCAGAUAUGUCAUACCCUAAGGCAAUUGACAUGAGAAGAACAUCUCGAGCUCAAACAUUUCGAACUCAAACACAUAAUUCGAGAUGGCCUAUGUUGAAAGAAGAAAAUCCAUCUCUAAAUUAUGCAACGCCAAAUCCGAAAAGAAGCGAUGUGGACUGUUCAAUGGAAAAAAUUUCACGAUCUUAUGCUGACGAAGAACGAUCGCCGUCAAAUACGUGCUGCUGUGGUGUUGUACAUAUUCGUUAUGGAACAAUUUUAAUUGCUGUCUUAUCACUUAUCUCUUCGAUUAUCAAUGGAAUAUUAUUUUGCUUAGGAAUAAGUCGAGCGGAAAUUAAUUUUGCUAUAGAAUUUUUACUAUUUGUUAUUGAUCUGUUCGGUAUCUUAGCAUUGUUUUAUGGAAUCAUUUAUCGACGAGCAGGAUACCUCAAGCCAUAUUUGUUUAUUAACAUUUUAUGGAAUUUCGUUAUGCUCUUAUUAUUCUUUCUUUGUGCUAUUCAGUUGAUAAAGGACAACGAUUUGUCAAGAAAUAUUAUGCGAAACCUUCUUGAAAUAACCGGUUUCCGUCUUAAUAGGAAUCAAAUUAGUUCAGGUCAGGCAAAUUAUUCAAUGAGCCAUAACAAGAAGUGUUUAGCAAUUUCAGUGACGACCACCGUGACUUUUUUAAUGGUUGGUGGCCUAUUGCUUGCAAUUGGCAUUAAUUUUUGGUUCUUAUAUAUUGUCUUCUUAUGCUUUCAAUGGAUUAAUGCGUACAAUGAAAAAAGCCGAGAACCGUCGGAGAAUAAUGCGCAAAAGGAUUUGGUUACAAAAAAUUGUGAACCGAAAAUUGAAAAUUCAACAAAUCGUUUAGUGCUUAAAGAUUUGAAUAAAAACCCAAAAAUUAUUAUUUGA